GAAGGCUAGCCCUGGAUCGGCCUGGCAGCUGGCAAGGCAAGGCAAGGCAAGGCGAGCCCCGUCCUUCUCCGGAGGGGCUCCGCUGCCGGGCCAUGGCUCUGCUGCUCUGGGCCAGGGAGGCCAGCUGAGGAGCCCCUCCUCGCCCUCUUCCCUCGGCCCUUGCUCGGGGAUGCGCCUCUUCGCCCAGGAGCCCCUGACUCUAGGUUAUGGGCAAGUCAGAAAGUCAGAUGGAUAUAACUGAAAUGAACUCUCCAAAACAAAAGAAAAAACUGCAAUGGAGUGCACUGGAAAUAGGACUAACUGUUGUAGUCAUUCUCCUUGCUAUUGUGACUAUCACCAUGAUUGCUCUUUAUGCUACUUAUGAUGAUGGUGUUUGUAAAACAUCUGACUGCAUAAAAUCAGCUGCCCGAAUAAUUGAGAACAUGGAUACAAAAUCAGACCCUUGCAAAAAUUUCUAUCAGUAUGCUUGUGGAGGAUGGUUAAAAAAGAACAUCAUUCCAGAGACAAGUUCCCGUUAUAGUAACUUCGACAUUUUAAGAGAUGAGCUGGAAGUUGUUUUGAAAGAUGUGCUUGACAAGGAAAACAAUGACGAUAUAGAAGCUGUUAAGAAAGCAAAAACACUUUACAGAUCUUGCAUAAAUGAGACGGCUAUUGAUAGCAGAGGAGGGAAACCACUCAUCAACAUAAUGUCAACUUUUUCUGACUGGCCUGUGGCGUUAGACAGCUGGGAUCGUGAUUAUGGCACCUCAUGGACAGCUGAAAAGGCUAUUGCAGAGCUAAACUAUCAGUAUGGGAAAAGGGUCAUCAUUAACUUCUUUGUUGGUACAGAUGAUAAGAACUCUACACAACAUAUAAUUCAUAUAGAUCAGCCUUCACUUGGACUCCCUUCUCGUGAUUACUAUGAAUGCACUGGAGUAUACAAAGAGGCAUGCUCAGCCUAUGUUGAUUUUAUGAUUUCCGUAGCAAAGCUGAUCCGCCAGGAAAGGAACCUUACAAUCAACGAGGAUGAAAUUUCUACAGAAAUGAGAAGAGUAAUGGCUCUAGAAACAGAGAUUGCAAAUGCUACCACCAAAGCUGAUGACAGAACUGACCCACUUUUGCUAUAUAACAAAAUGACACUCAAAGAUGUCCAGAAGAAUUUCUCUUUGGAAAUCAAUCACAAGCAAUUCAACUGGUCAACAUUCUUAAAUAAUAUCAUGUCAGCGGUGCAAGUUAACAUUGAAAAUACAGAAAAUGUUAUUGUUUGUGCUCCAGAAUAUCUAAUUAAGCUAGAAUCUAUCCUUAAUAAAUACACAGCCAGAGAAAUUCAAAACUACAUGAGCUGGCGAUACAUAAUGGAAAUGGUAAACAGUCUAAGUCGUGACUACAAGGACACAAGGAAUAAUUUCCGUAAGGUGCUAUAUGGGACAACAUCAGACACUGCUAUUUGGCGCCGUUGUGCAAAUUAUGUCAAUGGCAAUAUGGAAAAUGCAGUGGGGAGACUGUAUGUGACAGAAGCAUUUGCUGGAGAAAGUAAACAAAUGGUUCAAGAUAUGAUUGCACAAAUCCGUGAAGUUUUCAUACACACGCUGGAAGAACUCACUUGGAUGGAUGCAGAAACCAAAAAGAAAGCAGAAGGCAAGGCUCUGUCAAUUAAAGAAAGGAUUGGCUACCCUAAUGAGAUCAUGACAGACACUGCUAAGCUGAAUGCAGAAUACAAGGAUCUGAGCUACAAAGAAGAAGAAUAUUUUGAAAACAUGAUUGAGAAUUUAAAGUUUGCCCAAAAGGAAAGACUGAAGAAGCUUAGAGAAAAAGUCGACAAAGAAGAGUGGAUAAGUGGAGCAGCCGUAGUCAAUGCCUUUUAUUCAGCAAACAGAAAUCAGAUCGUCUUUCCUGCAGGAAUUUUGCAACCACCUUUCUUUAGUGCAUCUCAACCUAAAUCCCUGAAUUAUGGUGGCAUCGGCAUGGUCAUCGGCCAUGAAAUCACACAUGGCUUUGAUGAUAAUGGUAGAAAUUUUAAUGCCAACGGAGACCUAGUAGACUGGUGGAGUCAAGAAUCUGCAAAAAAUUUUAAGAAACAGUCCGAGUGCAUGGUAUACCAGUAUGGAAAUUUCACAUGGGAUCUGGCUGGCGGACAACAUCUCAGUGGAAUCAAUACCCUUGGCGAAAACAUUGCUGACAAUGGUGGCAUUAGACAAGCAUACAGGGCCUAUGAAAACUUUGUCAAAAAGAAUGGAAGAGAGAAACUCCUUCCUGGGCUUGACUUCAACCAUAAGCAGUUGUUCUUCCUGAACUUUGCACAGAUUUGGUGUGGAACCUACAGGCCAGAAUAUGCUGUCAACUCUAUUAAAACAGAUUCCCACAGUCCAGGCAAGUUCAGGGUUCUGGGAACACUACAGAACACUGAAGAGUUUUCUGAGGCCUUUAAAUGUACCAAUACGCAAUACAUGGAUCCUGUGAAAAAAGUGCCGAGUGUGGUGACAGGGCUACCAAGGAAGAAGAGGUUUCCAGAAAUCUGGAACAGUUUGAAAAGUGCUGGGAGGGGAUUUGCUGCAAAAGGAACAAUAACAGAAAUUGAUCAAGUGCACUAAAGCAAUGAAGUCUCCAGAAAAAGAAAAGAACUAAAUACCUUGCUAAGGCAGCCACUGCCAACCGUUAACUGGACUCAACUUGGGAAAUGCUAAAUGGCUGCAUACCUAAAGUUUCUUCAUUUUUUAAACUAUGAAACAAUUUAUUUCUGAUUUCCACUCAGUUUGCAGAUUUUCUUUAACAUUUGACUCAUUUCAUCCAGAUAUUGUCUUGAAAACAUGCUGAACCAAUGGAAGUGUGCUUAGACUUAACAAUCUGUUGUCCUAAAAAUGUAUUAUGUUAUUUAUAAUCAGAUGGUAGAAGAGAGUAUCAAAUAACACCAUAGCUUGGAUGUGAAGCAUUAUGAUGAAUUAAGGGGGUGUCAUUGAAGGGAUGGGAUUCUUUAUUAUCUCCUGUUAUAGCUCAAGUGCUUUGCCAAAUCCUUGUUUUUCAGAGAUGGGUUUAGGAAAGAGAAAUCUAUAAGGGCCCUUAAAAUCAGACUGCUUAAGUUUUUUUAAAAAAAUAGAAACCCAUUUUCAUUCAGACAUUUUCAUACAGGGUAACACCUAUGGUCCUAGCUUCAGUUAGAAGCAACUAGCCCUGUGUAUGAACUGGUGGUUCUACAUGCCAUAAAUAUUUCUGUUUGCAACAGAAGAUGUUCAAAAUCAGUAUGCAAUACAGAUGGAGGUGUGCAACCAGAUGCAAUUCAGUUUCUUACAGAAUUGGAUAUGUAUGGCCAGCACUGCCCCAGGUCUGGCUGAAGUAAUAGCCACCCAUCAGGCAUUUAUUUCUUCUCACUUCUGCUGCUUUUUAUCUUAAUGGGAAAUAGCUAAGCAAGCUGUUUCUCCUUUCUGCCUCCAUAUUAUAUUGCCUAUAGGACUCUGAUGUGUGCAAGGCACAUGCCCAUGUCCUCUGGACUCCAUCUUAAGAUUUUCCCUAUUUCAUUUUUAUUUGAAGCCAUUUUUCCUCAAGAACAAUCCAAAGACAAAUUGUAACCUACUUCAGAGAUUAAUGAUUGACCAAAUUUAUUAUGUGCUGCUUUCUGGUCGAAAUAAUACUGUAGAUAAUUUAUUACUGUUUUUAGCAUAUAUUGUAAUCUGUCCAGAUGUAAUCAAAAAUUCCUCCAUGUUUUUUUCUAAGAUUUUCUUGCUUUAUCUCAAAUCUUGUUCUUUCUUUUUUUUAAGGAAAAUUUGUAAUAAUAUAUAAGAUCAUAAGAUCAUACUUUUUUAUAUUUAAUGCUAAACUAUACCAGACAUGAAUAGUUAUAUAUACUAUAUGGGCAUAUACUAUUGGUGUGUCAGGAUCAUUCUAAACACAAAGGUCUCUAACAAUAGGGUCUACAGACUGAUGGUAUGAUUUUGAAAUAAAUUCUGAGAAGGCCAGUUCUACAACUACUGGGACCUGCAUACCUAAUGCAAGUGAUGUUUAUAAUUCCUCUGAAUCAGCAAGACAUUUGCUUCAGUAAUAAUGUUAAACAUGUAGGCAUUUGCAUAUCUGGACUCUUAGUAGUACAAAGUCUUUUGAACUGUGCUAUAAUAAUUUUGAAGUGCCCUCCCACAGGUGGCCUAGGAACGUAUUGCUUCUGGUAUUGAAGCACAGAGAAAUUUCCAAAUAAAUAAAUAAAUACCAGAUACCUCGGGUGACUUGGAUGGGUCUAUUUCUGUGCAUUUAAAGAAUCUGUGUGCAUUAUACUUUUCAAAUUUGUCAUUGGAUGGAACAUUUUAUAAUUAAAUGAAAUCCACAUUUCUUAUUGUCUA